AGCACAGCACAGCACAGCAGCACAUCGCGGCCCCCUUCGCAGCGUGGGGAUGUGCAGGCACAGAAGGAUGUCACAUCAGCUGGUGCUGUGGUGCAGCCUCUGGGCACUCUGCUCGGCGGGUCCAGACUACGAUGAUUACUCUCAGAACAGCACCGACGAGCAGAGGACGAUGUCUCAAAACACUCUGUGUCCCCGAGCCAUCCCAGGAGAGAAGGUGACUAGUGACAACACCACCUACCUGGACAUCCAUGAGGCUGCCCGCUCCCAGCUGAGCAGCCCGGUCACAGUGUGGCUCCUCCCCUCUCUCUACACUGUCGUCUUCCUGGUGGGGCUGCCGGCCAACGGGCUGGCCCUCUGGGUCCUGGCCACAAGGAUCGAGAAGCUGACUUCCACCAUCUUCCUGAUGAACCUGGCAGCAGCUGACCUGCUGCUGGUGCUGGUGCUGCCCUUUAAGCUCUCUUAUUACUUCCUGGGGAACCACUGGCCCUUUGGUGAAGGCCUGUGCCGGCUCACCACAGCCUUCUUCUAUGGGAACAUGUACUGCUCUGUGCUGCUGCUCAUGUGUGUCAGUGUGGACCGCUACCUGGGCGUGGUGCAUCCCUUCUUCUCCCGCUCCUUCCGCAGCCCAGGCUUCGCUGCGUGCACCUGUGCUGCUGUCUGGGUUUGCGCUGCCAUCUUCACCCUGCCCUUGACCCUCCUGAAGCAGUCGUAUCCCUUGUAUAGGACAAACAUCAUCCUGUGCCACGAUGCCCUCCCCAGGCAUGAGGAGACCGAGUACUAUUUCUACUACUUCGUCUGCUUGAUUGCAUGUGGUUUCCUGGUCCCGCUGGCAGUCAUGCUGUUCAGCUAUGGCUCUGUGUUGUGGGCCCUGCUGGGCAGUGGAGAGCGGUACCUACAUGCCAUGAAGCUCACCGCCCUCGUGCUGCUCACUCUUGUGGUGUUCUACACGCCCAGCAACAUCCUCCUCCUCAUCCACUAUUCCCGGAGCUGCUCCGUGCUCCACGGGCACCUGUACAUCAGCUACAUGCUGAGCUUGGCCCUCAGUGCCUGCAACAGCUGCAUUGACCCCUUUAUCUACUAUUACGUCUCUGAGGAGUUCAGGGACAAGGUGAAGAGCAGACUCUUCGGCUGCAGCAAGCAAACCAUCACCUCUCUAAAAACCUCCAAGGAGAUGCUCCCUCAGCAGAGCUCCCACUCGCAGUCUGUGGUGUGAGGCCCCGGACCCUGCUCCUCUCCCUCCCAGGUGCUGGCUGGCCUCACACUAUACAGUUCCCAGGUUGGGGCCAGGCUGGCAGCUAGUCCAGGGCAGGGAGGAGAGGGGGGUGGGUUUCUCUGGGCCUUAGGCACUCCUGCAGGGCUCAAAGCACAAACAAGGUGGAGUCAGCUAUAUGCAGACAGGAACAAAACAUGGCUUCUCCUUCAGCCACUCUCACUGCUAUCACUGCAUCCCUCAGGCACUCCACACCCUGGUUCCCAGCUGCCAUCUGAAUCCCUUAGUGAGUGAAGAGGUUUGUGCCAUGCCUGUCCAUCCUGCUGUUGCUGGCAUGGCUACCAUGCUGAUUUCUUUUGUUAACGAGGACAGGGUGUUGGCUGCCGCUCCAGAUUGAGGCCAUUAGAUGCUUCUCCCCUAGUUCAUCCCCUCAACCUUGGGUGGCCCUGACAGGAGCUAGGAGCUUCCACUCCCCUCUGCCCUCAGGGUUACUUGAACACUCAAGACAUCCUACUAAUCAAGGUCCCUGGCGGACCUUCCUUCUACCUCAAGGCCCACUGGAGGAUGUUGCACUUUCUGCAUGUAUAAUGGCAGUGGCUCAGGGAGGAAAGGGAAAAGAGACGGGGGUGGGAAAGGCUGGCUAAGUAUUAAAAGCUGUCCAGGGAAACCAGCUGAACCACCCGGUUGCCACCCUGACACUGACCAGAGCCACUGGUCUGGUAGGUAGUUUGUUCGCAUGCAUCUUGCAUCCACACAUGACCAGGCAAAACUGAGAGGCUCCUUCCCUGCAAACCCCCUUCACGGAUGUGCCAGGACUCCAGGUCCAGUGAAAGUAAUUUUAUCCCAGGGGUGCAGAGAAUGCAUCUGGGCUCAGUGACUACUAUGAAGUGAGACGAUAUCCUUCUGCAUCCUACUCCUGCCUCUGCUACUCACUAGCUCGCCACCCUGAAACAAGGAAGUCCAUCUCUGCCCCUCUGCACUGGGGAGGACGGAUACUCACAAAGUUAAAUUUGAGAACAUUUGCAAAGCACUGAGAGCUCUCUUUGAAAGUGCUUGCUCAUGCUAAGUGCUCUGCUAGAAGGAGGUGACAUGUCACCUUCUCUAACAAGCAAGGUCUUUCUUGACUGGUGAUUAACAGAGCAUGCCGGUGAUUAACAGUCAUCAGCCCCUUGUUGGGAAGAACAUUCACCACUUGUACAGGCUGCUCUGGCUUUUGACACUUGUGAGUCCUCUGAAUAGUACUGCCUCUCUCUGCUGGUUAUGAAGACAGCCUGGCUUUAGUCCAGGAAAAAGGAUUUCCAUGUCUCUUGAAGGCAGGGUAUUAAUAAAAUACUGGAAACUCCCA